GGUCCGCGUGGCUCAGCACAAGCUCAAGACGUUACGGCAUCCACGAGGCGCCAACAUUCAAAAAGCAAGCGCUGCAGCGCAUUGCGCGAGCAGCUAUCGAGAAUGCCGACACUUUUGGCACUAGCGUGCAGGGCGCCAGCAUGACGGAGUUUGUCACCUUGCGCACGCUCGCGGCUGCUGCUCUCGACGCUCGUGCCUCGGGACGUUCCAGGGUCAUGGCUGCAUUGCCUACCCCGAGCCCACGUAUGGACCCCAUAUACUGUGCCACGCUGGAGCUCGUCAAGGCUCUCAUGCACGUCGUCUGGAGAGAGGCCACGCCGCUGCGUAUUUUGGAGAAGGGCAUCGCCGCUGUUGCUGCCAG